AUGGUGUUGGAAACGGAAAUCAUUUAUCAGCAAAGCAUUCCUGUGUUGGAUGUCAAGUAUCACCUUUGCGUUUCUCAAGAAAAUGCCGUCAAGGUUGACGUUUCACCUGCUUCCAAUGUUGUUCCGGUUUUUAAUCAACUUAGGGUUUCUUCUGAAUCCGUUUCAACAGAAACGUCUCUCUUUGGAUCGACUGCGAGUCGCUCUGAGAUGAUAACUGAUACUAUUAUAGAAGAAGCUGUUGCAAAAUUUACCCCAAUUGUUCGUUCUGGUAGCUGUGCUGAUAUUGGACCGAGGGGAUCAAUGGAUGAUGAUCAUAUUCAAAUAGAUGAUUUAGCUACCCACCUUGGAUUCAUGUUAAAAUAUCCUACACCGAGUGCUUUUUAUGGAGUUUUUGAUGGGCACGGAGGUCCUGAUGCAGCUCUGUUUGUUAAGAACAAUGCUAUGCAAUUAUUUUUUGAAGACGCUAAAAUGCUGCAAUCGUAUGGCACUGAUGCACUUCUAAUGAAGAGGUUGGAAGAUUCUCAUCGGAAAGCUUUUCUAGGUGCCGACCUUGCAAUGGCUAAUGAAAAGAGUAUUAGUAGUUCUUGUGGGACAACAGCACUGACUGCUCUGAUACUUGGAAAACAUUUGUUGGUUGCCAAUGCUGGUGAUUGUCGAGCCGUUCUUUGUAAGCGUGGAGUAGCUGUUGACAUGUCUCACGAUCACAGACCAAGUUAUUUACCCGAGCGGAAGAGAGUGGAAGAGUUGGGUGGUUAUAUUGAUGAUGGAUAUCUCAAUGGUUAUCUUUCUGUAACUCGUGCCCUUGGCGACUGGGACUUAAAAUUACCCAUUGGUUCUGCCUCGCCUCUCACUGCUGAGCCCGAUGUUCAGGUGGUCACAUUGACUGUGGAAGAUGAGUUCUUAAUAAUCGGUUGUGAUGGCAUUUGGGAUGUAAUGUCAAGCCAGGAAGCAGUUAGUCUUGUCCGUCGAGGAUUAAGAAGGCACGAUGACCCACAACAAUGUGCCAGGGAGCUUGUCAAAGAAGCAUUGCGCCUGCACACAACAGAUAAUCUUACUGUAAUUGUUAUUUGUCUGUCUCCUGUUGAAAGCAUUGUUGAAUCAUGUCCACCUCAAAGGCGAAGAUUCAGAGCUUGCUCUCUGUCUGAAGAGGCUCGAAACAAAUUAAGGAGCUUGCUUGAAAGUAACUGA